GGGAGGUGAAGGAAGGCACUGCGUUGGCGUGUGAUGACAUCUGCGUCGCAUCACCAGACCGUCUUGCACUUAGACGUCGACGGUGAGAAGGAUCCACAACAACUAUUGCUUGCUGUGUUUGAAUGGUGACUGUCCCUGCCGUCCCCGUGUGUGCGCCUGUGUGCUGUCAGCUUUUUAUGUCGAGGCUGAGCGGCUGCGUCAUCCGCAUCUCAAGGGAAAGCCUGUGGCAGUCUCACAGGUGGGUGGGAAGAGGCAACAAGUUCUUUGCAUUGCAUGCCCCUCUGUUUGCCUGUCUGUCUGUCUGCCUGCCUCCCUGUGUGUGUGUGCAUGCAGCACAACCGUGGCGGCUUUGUGGCUGUGUCGUAUGAGGCAAAAGCAAAGGGCAUCAGGAAGGGAGAUGGGGCGGGGGUGAGCGACACAGUCGGACGGAUGAGAAAGCAUAGACACCGAUGACGAGUGAGUCAAUCAUCCUUCUUGUCUGUGUCUGUGUGUGCAGGAGAGGGGGCGGCAGGCGAUUGAGUUCCUGCGGCAUCGUCUGAGCCUCCAAGAGGUCUAUCAGAAAUGCCCAGACAUCACCAUACUCGUCAUGGACGCACCAUACUACCGGUCGGUCACCUCGAGAGUUGAGAAGGCCCUCCAGACACUGCAGCCGCAGCCCAACACCGACACGCACGUCAGCCCCUCGCCCAAUCUUCGGCUGGUGGUGGAGAAGUGCAGCCUGGACGAUUUCCUCAUCGACGCCACACGAGAGGUGGAGUGGAUGAUGCAGCAGAUCGGCGAUCAAGACACUGCAGGAAAAGCUGCAGACGCUACCCCACCCAUCUAUCGGUCCCUUGAGGGCUUGUUCGCGGCAUACGGCCUGCAGGUGUCAUCGGCAUCGAGUGGGGAGGAAGUCCACGGCCUGCUCGGGGCCACUACGUGGCUGCAGGCGGACGGAGAGGGGCUGCUGGCGCCCGAGAGGAUCGCUGAGGCUGAGGAUAUAUCAUCGCUUUCCGUGUUGGAUUGGUGUCGCGUGGCUUUCGCGGCGGUGGUCCGCAAGCACAUUGCAAGGGAGCUGCCCGGCAUGACAUGCAGCGUGUAAGCGGAACUUGAGGAGUGAGGAAUAUUGCUAGUCCCUCAGACAUCAUGGUCUCGUUGGUCUGUCUGUGUGGUGCAGAGGUGUGGCGCACAAUAGGCUCCUGGCCACUCUGGCGACAAAGUACUCCAAACCGGUAGCAUCGUGGUGGUGACGCAGCGCUGUGUCAUGUGUUAUGCUCUCUGUCGCAGGACGGUGCCACGUUGCUACGAUGUGACUCUGGCGAUGUGUUGGCCCUGCUGCAAGCAACGCCACUACAGUCUGUGCGCAACCUCAAGUGAGCACCAUCCAGCCACACGCACCAUACGUACCCACCCAUCCAUCCCUGUCCUUGGGGUGCGUGUGUGCCUCAGGGGUCAGCUUGGCCAGCAGGUGGUCGCCUUCCUCCGCGAUGAAUCCAUCGACAGGCCGGUGGCAUCAGCAGCAACCGCACAACAGCAGCAGCAGCAGCAGCAGCCCUCACCGCCCCAGGAUGAGGACACUUCAUCACACGAAGACGAGAUCGACACUGCCAUGCCUCCCGUGAGCACCUCCUCUCCAUCCAUGACGUGUCUUGCUGCUCUCGGCGACGCGCCAAAGGAGGCUCUCGUGCGGAAGUUCGGUGAGAGGGUGGGCGUGUGGCUGGCUGGGCUGGGGAGGGGGGAAGAUGCGAACAACGUGACACCAAAAGGGCCACCCAAGACCAUCAUCACCGAGCGGUCAUUCCCUCCCGUCAAUGCGCUGUCGGCUGUGCGCAAGUGAGUGGACACGCGACGUUUGUUACUGAUGUCAUACUGUCUGUGUCGCGUGUGUGGCUGUCUUACGUAGGUGGGUCGAGGAGUUGAGUUGUGAGUUGCUUCGGCGGUUGAUUGAGGACCAUCAGACACACCACGGCAGGCUGCCCGCCAAGAUGGUGGUUCGGUGGCGCAGAGGGUAUGCGCAGAACGACGCAGGGCUCCCCUCCGGCAUCAGGUCAGCGACGGGCGAUCUCCCGCCCGCCUUUCCUGCCCUCAUGCAAGAGGCAUCUCGGCGACCCAACACCCCUCCGUAGGAACACUCGAUCGCUUGUCUGGACACUGAUCCGAUUAGUUGACUGCCUGUCUGUCUGUCUGUCUGUCUGUGAUACCACGCCAGAUCGGAGCUUUCCACGUGGCCACGUGCCCUCGAUCCAUUCAGCAACCACGCCCUCAAUCUGCUGCUCUCAUCCAACGGCUUCCCCUCAUCCGUCCGAGCCGCAAACGACGCGCUGCCCAACCUCAACUUGACGCGUGUGGUAGUCGGCGCUACGAGCUUCAACAAUGGGCUGGCCGACAGACAGGCGACACGCAUCACUGACUUCUUCGGCAAGCGGCCGGCGCAUGUGGAUAAGGGGGAUGGGGCGAUGCCCGCCAAGCGCGUGAAGGCAGCAGAGAAGGGCGAGAGUGGUGUGGCAGCACAGGACAAGGGCUGUGAUAGCCGAGACAGAAGGAGGCCUCCCCCAGAAGCAGCAGCAGCAGCAGCUGAGGCUGACGUGGUGGACCUUGCUACCGACGAGUAUGACGGGGGAGAUGAGGCGACCCAGGACAGCGAUUCCGUGCGGUGCCCUGUCUGCAACCAGCGGAUCAGCAGGGCGGCGAUCGAGGCUCACGUGAAUGGGCAUUUCGACAAGCCAAGCAAGCCGGCACACAGCACGAGGGGGCGGCCAUCUGGCGGUGGGGGUGGGGGUGGGGACAAGAGAAGAGGCGGGAGAAGAGGAAGAGGACAGGGCAGCAAGGGCAAGAGGACUAGUGAAGGGCAGGCGUCAUUGGAGGCCUUCUGGGGGAGGAACAAGGGAUGAACAUAGAGGGAGGACAGUCAGUUGUGUGGAUGAAUCAGCUGAGAGUCUUUGUACAGAUCGAG